AAGCCGCCAGCUAAUUUGCAGUUUUUCACCACUGUCAAGUCUGCUCAGAACAGAACCAGUUCAAUCAUAAAAGGAAGCUCAGUCAGUCAGAGUGUAAGGCUGUCAACCCAUCCCUCUGACCUACCGAUCCGAUUCCAAUUCCAAAAUGGGUGGUAAAAAGGAAUCUUCUUCUUCUUCUCCGAGUUUAUGGCUGGCUUCCAAUCCAAGCAAGCGAUGGGGGGAGCUCUUCUUUCUCUUCUACACUCCUUUCUGGCUCACUCUCUGCCUCGGAAUCGUCGUCCCCUACAAGCUCUACGAGAGGUUUACGGAAUGGGAGUAUUUGCUAAUUGGAUUGGUCUCGGCUGUUCCUUCGUUUUUGUUACCCAUGUUAUUCGUUGGAAAGGCAGAUAGAAGCUUGUGUUGGAAGGAUCGGUAUUGGGUCAAGGCCAGUGUGUGGACAAUACUUUUUAGCUAUGUUGGGAAUUACUUUUGGACCCACUAUUUCUUCACGGUUUUGGGAGCUUCGUAUACUUUCCCGUCAUGGAAAAUGAACAAUGUACCACAUACUACCUUCCUUCUUACACAUGUUUGCUUCCUAUUUUAUCAUGUCGGAUCAAACAUGACGCUUCGCAGACUACGCCAUUCUAUUGCUGACAUGCCAAAACAAGUUCAAUUGCUUUUUGAGGCUGCAUGGAUAUUGGCUUUUGCUUAUUUCAUAGCAUACCUGGAGACUGUAGCUAUUUCCAACUUCCCUUAUUAUGAAUUUGUCGACCGGGCGAUUAUGUACAAAGUUGGGUGCUUGUUUUAUGCCAUCUACUUCAUUGUUAGCUUUCCCAUGUUUCUUAGGAUUGACGAGAAACCUGGUGAUGCAUGGGACUUGCCAAGAGCCGCCAUUGAUGCUCUGGGUGCUGCAAUGCUGGUGACGAUAAUACUAGAUCUAUGGCGCAUAUUUCUGGGACCUAUUGUUUCGAUUCCAGAAACUAAACAGUGCAUUCAACCCGGACUACCAUGGUUCCCUGGACAUGACAACAUGACUUGACAACAGCGCAUCUAGGGACCUAGAUCUAGUUAGUUCCCACUUCCCAGCCCAGCAGGAUAAUGAGCUUCCGAGUUUAUACUAGUUGUUUGCCUGGCUUGGUCUGUAUGAUUAUUGUAAUUUUCACCUUCGGGACUUGAAAAGAAUUGCAUUAGCCUACAGUGUUAGAUCCCGAGAUUAAUCUCUAUUAAGCUCUGAAAGCUACUUUGCUUA